AUGGGAAGACCGAGAACAAGAUCAUUGACAAAAGCUGGCAAUAAUGAUGAUUCCGGAAAGGUUGUGCAAACAGAACAAACCCCAUUGGUGCAACAAUCCAAAGCGAAUGCUCCGACCAGACAGAAUAAACAAGUACAACCAAUUCUGCAAUCUGGUCAGCAUUCUAAGUUUGAACAGAGUAAACAAAGUCGAAAAAAAGGUGUGACACUCGGUAGACCAAGGAAAAAUCAACCAAAAAAAAGUAAUAAAAUAAAAAAAAAGUCACAAGAUGAAGUUAUAUUUGAAGAAAUGGAUGAUCCGAGAGAUGAAGAUUAUUUACCAAAUGUAAAUUAUACGGUCGAAUCUUCAUCUAAAAAAAAUCGAGCGAAUUUGAAUUUUCGUCGUACACCAGGAACGAGGUUACCUAAUGUUAACUUGCUACCAAUGAAAAGUGAUAGUUCAGUAUAUCCUGCGAUUCAAAAUUUAAUUCAAGGAACAUCUUCAAGUGGGAACAUUUCAGAUUUUCAUGAUACUUCAAUGAAUAUAUCAAAUGCAUUGUUACCAAAUCAUUUACAAUAUUCUAAUUACACACAAGCAGGGUCAACGUCUAGAAUGACUCCUAAGCCUAUAAACCCUACGGAAAGAAUUAUGCCACAAAUAACUAAUAAUUACAUGCCAAUGCGUGAAAUUCCGCCUCCAAGAGUUGUACCGAUACCAUCAGGUCGAGAUGAUGUACGUAGUGAAACCGAAUUCAAUCGUAAUUUACAAUCAUUAUCAAACGAGACUCAAAGUAUUCACAUUAAUAAUCCUUCAAUAACCAAUCAUAUUUCUAAUCGAACUGAACAUCUUUCCUCACGUAAUAUCCAGGAUCAGUUUCCAUCCGUUAGCCAUCAACAUUCUCCUAUGAAUCAGGAGGCGUAUACAUCAGCUCAAAGUAAUAAUACAUCUAAUGCAUCGCAUAUGCCAGAAUCACGAGAAACCGGAAGUACUACAUGUGAUAUAUGUCAUUCGACAGGAUGUUCAACUCAAAAAACAAGUACAACGAUAACAAUUAAAAUGACUACAGUUACUGAGGCUGAUCAAUUUGGAAAUAUGACUACAAGAACAUUUGUUGAAACAGAUAUUACACCCGUCGCUGGCUCGAUAGAAUCUACGGACAAGACUGAAAUACUUGUCGAAGCGGAUGAAAAUGAGAAUCGUUCGAACAACGUGGCACCAACAACUUCGUCUAUCGCCUCAGAUCAGAAUAUACCAAAUGAAACAUCUUCACCUGCUACACCUCAGGAAACGGAAAUUCAAGAAUCAGAACAAAAUCGAGAUCACAUAGAUCAACAGAUAACUCAGGAACCCGCGUCUAUUUCAGUUCCUACUUCAUUUCCUGUUUCUGACCCCGUUUAUAAUCCUGAUCCUAAUCCUUACCCUGAUCCCGUUUUCAAUCCUAUUCCAAGUUCUGUUCCAAAACCUGUUGUUUUCAAACCUGUUCCACAACCAAUUCCACUUAAUUUGCCUAGCAUCAUAGCAAGUUCGAGUCAAACUGCUGCAAGACUAGAAAACGCAAAUAUAAUACAUCAUAACCACGCAUUACAAAAUUUGUUAAGUACAACGCAACAAAAUCAAUUAAAUCAAUUAAAUUUAUCGGCAAAUGCAAAUUUAUCACAAAGUCAACAGCCAAGAAUAAAUCGACCGAUACUUCCAGCCCAGAAUCAGCCAUUACAGCCUCGACCAGAAAGACUAAAGCAUAAUAUAGAGAGUAUUAUUAAUUCAGUUAAUUCAUCACCAAAAAGUACUACUGUAAAUUCUUCGAAUUUAUUAAGGAAUCAAACUUCUGGCUUUAUGAUUCCAUUGAAUUCAACGAAUGAUGACGUUAAUAGAAUCGAUUCAUUUACUGGCCUGCAAGAUCUCGAUGGAAUGUCAGAAAGUAGUCCUUCAACACGACAAUCACAGACUAGUCCUAGUAAGAAAAAAACAACGACAAAGAAAAGAUCAGCAUCAAAAUCAACUGCACCUUCAGCAUCCAAACGAAAAAAUCAAAGAAUAUUGCCAAAUAAAAAUCCCUCAGAAGCUCAAAUAGUUAUUAGUCCAUAUAUGAUGAAAGCUGCCAAUACUUUCAUGAGUGGUAACAACUCGACCAUACAAGAUGUUGCCCCUUCAUCCACCGAAGUUGGUUCCUCACAACAAUGUAGUAGUCCUUAUCUUACCUUUAUUGAUACAAAUUCACAAAGUUUGCCCUAUUAUAAUUCGCCUCCUCGUCCGCCUAUAUUUCAUGCAAAUGAUGCAACUUCAGCUUCGAUUAAUUCAAUGAAUUCGACUAAUGCUCUCCCGAUUGCUACAACACCUCAUAAUAAUUAUUCAGAAAUAUCUCGUGGGACAUCUUCUACAACACCGCAUAGCAAUUCUACAAUACAGCCCAGCAAUAGUAGCACUCCUCAAGUUAGCUCAUCUAGUAAUACGUGUGUCUUUCUAGAUCCCUACAAUAAUCCAUUUGUCAUGCCAAGAAUUGGUGGAAGUUCGUCCGAAAGUACACCAACAGUGCAAUAUAAUAAUAAUGAUAUAUUAGUUAGGUCUGGUAGUAGUUCAAAAACUAUUUCAACAAACGGAGGUGGCGUUGGUUAUGACUCCCACAGCAGUCCUGUUGUUAAUUCCCUUGAACCAUUACCACCUUAUUAUCACAUGAUUCCUAUUGAAACAAUGGGAUCGGUUACAGAUAUAUGGAACGAAUGGAAUGUUGGUAUUAAUGGCAAUCCAUCUGUGAUAUUAAUGAUGGAACGAUAUGGAGGUAAAUGGGUUUAUGAAAAUGAGUAUCACUUAAGGAAACGUAGAAUUAUUGUAAAAGAAGUCCAAGUUAGAUCAGAACAAAUUGGAAUCUAUGAUGCAUUAGCAGAAUUGGAAAGAUUGAGGAACGGAAAUUCUUUAUUAUGGUUAGCGGAUUGGAUUCGAACAAGAGAAUGA